AUGCUUAAACGUUUAUUAAGAAGAACCCAUGGGCCAGAGGAGACUGAGUCCCGGAGCGAAGAGUGCUCAAAUGAUUCGAGGUCCAUAUUUAAUGAUUCGCCAAGCGAGUAUGACUUAGUUUCCGGGGUAGAAGAUGGGGAUGAGAUGGACAAGUGUAACGACACACCAAGAAUAAUUCCCAGCUUGAUCGAUUGUGAUCUUGUGCUGAAUGCCCAGGAACCAGUUCCGGUCGAAGUAGACCCCGAAUCCGCCGUGGAGGGUGUCAGGCGUGAAAUCGAAGGGAUUCUAAGUAAUUACGACGUGGGUGAACGUGUGUUUGGGUUUCAAAACUUUGGCUACACCUGCUAUUGUAACUCCAUUCUACAGGCUUUGUUUAACAUAGGAUCGUUUCGUGACGGUAUCAUUGGACCCGCGUCCAUUGGCGAGUUCCAGUUAAAGAAUAUCUCGAUGCGUAAGAAUACAGAACUAGAUACAAAUGCAAAUAUACCUGCAAAUGAAAACGCAAAAAUAAAUGCAACAGCAGCAACUGAAGAAGAAGUUGAAGAAGAUGGAAAGAACUUGCAUCACAACAAGGUCGGUCCCCUUAGUGAUAACUAUACCUAUAAGCUCUCGCCGUCAACCACCUUACAAAGCAUGGAGACCAACGAAUCUGGUGAUGAGACUGAACCAUUGAAUGCGUCAAUUCAAGAACAGAAUGGAAUCAUUAACGAUAAUACCGCCACGAAGAAGAAUAAUAACGAUAAAGUAAUAAUUUUAGGAAGACAAAUAAAUGAGAUCAAUGAUACGCUGUUUGAAGUGAAAGUUAAACCAGUGUUAGAAGUGAGUUGUUCACAGACCGUUGUAAAAGAGAGUUCCUCAUACCUCCAAAAAAUAUUUAAAUUAAACAGGGAAGACAAAAAGUAUAAAAAAGUAGAAAAUAAGGUCACUGUGAUGUCAAAGAGCAGCAUUUCUCCAACCAUCUCAGACUUGAAGAAUGAUGCUAUCUCUGACACAAAUGAACAAAAUGAAACAAAGGACUCACCUCCUAAUAACAGCUUACCUAGUUUCCAAAAUAAUAUAGUUAAAUCUCUGGAGGAAAGAAAACAGAUAGCAUUACGAACUGGUCCAGUACAGGUUCUACAAAGUGAUAAAAAUAAUACCAACCAUACAUUAUUUUCUUGCUUAAGAGAUAUUUUUAUCGAACUAUCGUGUAGUAAGUCCCUAACUGGUUUAGUUUCCCCUACUGGAUUUAUCGAUAUAUUGAAAAGAGAUAACGUUUUAUUCAACACUUAUUGUCAUCAAGAUGCACAUGAGUUUUUCAAUUUUCUAAUCAAUGACUUGUGCGACUAUUUGGAUAAUUCAAGUUUAGCAAAUGAAGAGAUUGUUGGAAAUAUUGUCUCUGAAACCUUUAAGGGGAUAAUCAAAUAUCAGACUCGCUGUUCAAUGUGUGAUUCGAUAACCGAAAGAGAAGAGCAGUUUCUAGAUUUUCCAAUAGAGUUUAAUGGAUCCGAAAAGGUAGAAAUACAGGAGUUAUUAGGUAACUACUGUGCAAGAGAAAUAUUAAGAGCAUCAAACAAAUUCUACUGCGAAAUUUGUAAUGAAUACCAAGAAGCUGAAAGGCUGAUAGGUAUCAAAGAACUACCUAAACACUUAGUUGUCCAUUUGAAAAGGUUUAAAUAUUGUGAAGAAAAAAACUGCAAUAUCAAACUAUUUAAUAAAGUGAACUAUCCAUUUACAUUAAAUAUCAGUUCAGUUUUUGACGAUUCUAUAUCAAAAAAGUAUGAACUCAAUAGUAUUGUUGUUCACAUAGGCGAAAGUCCACAAUUGGGACAUUAUGUUACAUUAUGUAAACAUAAAAGUUAUGGAUGGCUAAUAUAUGACGAUGAAACGGUUCAAGCGGUGUCUGAUGAGUUGGUUUCCAGAAUACUAAAUAAUGAACAAAGGAGUGCUACGGCAUACUUACUAUUUUACGAGGAAGUUGACAGCAAGAUCACACAAAUUUACGACAUAGAUUUAUAUGCAAAAAAUAUCGAAGCUCUAUUAAGAGACGAUGAACUGCUAAGAAAAAAUACAGCUGGCUUAAUAGUAAUAUUCAAAGGGAGAUGUAUAGAGAAACUCCACAAGCCAUAUCCAAAGUUACUAAAACUCAUUCCCAAUCAAUAUUUAGCUUCUCAAAGAGAAAAUAAUUUAAGAAACAAAAGAUAA